AGAAAACUAUAAACUCAAAGGUAGAGAACAGAACACAGUGAAGAAGGUAGUAAGUCAAUUCAUUACUCAUCCAUCAAACAUACACCCACCCCACUUGUCCUUUCUUACAGAAAAAUGGCCACCCUGAGAUCGGUUGCUGUCGCCGUCAGUGGCGGCUCCGGCGCCGCCAAGGGUAGCCGGCGAGCUGUUCAGUGGGCGGUGGACAAUCUCGUGCCUCAAGCAGAUAGGUUCAUCUUAGUUCACGUCAUCCCCAGAAUCUCUUCAAUUCCAACCCCAACUGGAGAGUAUAUUCCCGUUUCGGAAGCAGAUGCCGAUGCCUUUGCAACUUAUGUGGAGGAUGUGAAACAAAAGUCUGAACAAGUCUUUGUUCCAUUCAAGAAGCUCUGCGAAUCAGAGAUGAUGGAAACCAUGCUGCUAGAAGACGAUAAUCCUGCAAAUGCACUUCUUGGAUUUGUCUCAGAGUCCGGGGUCCAAACUUUAGUGCUGGGUGACUCGUCAAAUUUCAUUACAAGGAAGCUAAAAGGACCUGGGAUACCAAAUACCAUUCUAAGAUGUGCUCCUGACAGCUGUGAUGUAUAUGUUGUAUCUAGAGACAGAAUUAUAUCAAAUUUAGCUGAUUCUUCAUCUUCAAAUCCUCAUGUUUCUGGUUUUCUUAUUUUUCCUUCAACAGAGACUAGCACAAGCUACUUCAUGUCUACUCAAGUAAAUAAAGCAAACUAUGGUGCUGGCUUUGGUGGAGAAAUGUCUGGAAUUAAUUCAUCCUCAAUGGAACCCAAAAUUCUAAAAAAUUUCAGAUUUUUAUCAUUAUCAGACCGUAGUUACAUUGGUCUGCAAACAAAUAGUCGUAGGAGUUCUUUUGAGAAUUCUAUCCAAAAUGAAGAAGAAAUUCCAGAAUACAUCGGAGAUGAUGUUGAAACUAUUAGCCUCCACUCAUUUGAUUCCAUUGCUUCUGCACAACUGGAACAGUUAGGCAUGCAAGAAGAAGCAGAACGGCUGCAGCUGGAGUUGCGGAAUACCAUUGCCAUGUACAGACAGGUUUGUGAAGACCUAGCUCGUGCUCAAAGCAAGGCCUCUUUACUUUCUUCUGAGUCUCUUGAAGAUUCUAAAAGAAUAAAUGCUUCCCUGAAAAGAGAGGAGAAUUUGAGAAAGAUUGCUGCUGAGGAGAAAACAAAGUAUUUAGAAGUCAAGAAGGAACUUGAGGAGGCAAAAAAUGUGCUUGCCAAAGAAUCAUAUGAAAGACAGAUGGCUGAGCUUAAUGUCCUUAAAGAAUCCAUAGAAAAACAGAGAAUUGUGGAUACAUUGCUCUCUAAGGACCGGAGAUACCGAAUGUACAGCAUGGAUGAAUUCAAGACAGCGACAAACAACUUCUCAGAGGACUUGAUGAUUGGUGAAGGUGGGUACGGGAAAGUAUACAAGUGCAAUCUUGAUCACACACCAGUGGCUGUAAAGGUUCUGCAUCAUGAUGCAAUCAACAAGAAAGAGGAGUUUCUAAAAGAGGUUGAGAUUCUCAGUCAGCUACACCAUCCAAAUAUGGUUUUGUUACUUGGAGCCUGUCCUGAGAAUGGUUGCCUUGUUUAUGAAUACAUGGAAAAUGGAAGCCUUGAAGACUACAUUCUCAGCAAAAAUGCAAAACCACGACUUCCUUGGUUUAUUCGAUUUCGUAUUGUUUUUGAAAUGGCUUGUGGCCUUUCAUUCUUGCACAACUCGAAGCCAGAGCCCGUUGUUCACAGAGAUUUAAAACCUGGCAAUAUCUUGUUAGACAGAAAUUAUGUGAGCAAAAUUUCAGACGUUGGUUUAGCUAAACUCCUUUUCGAAGUUGUGCCUGACAAUAUUACAGAGUACAGAGAGUCGGUGCUUGCUGGUACUAUCCACUACAUGGACCCGGAAUAUCAGAGAACCGGCACUGUUAGACCAAAAUCAGAUGUAUAUGCUUUUGGAGUUAUAACUCUCCAGCUAAUAACUGCUCGCCAUGCACGUGGACUCAUUUUGACUGUUGAAGAUGCGAUCACAAAUGGCUCCUUCCGUGAUAUUUUAGAUAAAUCAGCUGGAGAUUGGCCCCUGGAUGAGACAUUAGAAUUAGCUCAAAUUGGCCUUAAAUGCACUGCACUUAGAUGCAGAGAUAGACCUGAACUUGACACUGAAGUUCUUCCACUUCUCAAAAGACUUUCUGAUAUGGCAAAUGCUAGUGAAAAGAUGGGAAGAAGUAGUACAUGCACGCCAAGCCAGUAUUAUUGUCCAAUCCUUCAGGAAAUUAUGGAUGAGCCGCAUAUUGCUGCAGAUGGUUUCACUUAUGAGUACAGAGCAAUCAAGGCAUGGCUCAGCAAGCACAAUGUAUCACCAGUGACAAAGGUUAAACUCCAGCAUUCUGAGUUAACUCCAAACCACACUUUACGUUCUGCCAUUCAGGAGUGGAAGUCAGGAGCAACCUCUCUUUAUUAGCAUGCUGUGAAUUCCUUCCCUCUCAUCUCAAUCUACUUUUACUGGAAGCAUAAAAAUUGUUUGAAAUUGAAUUGUACAAAAGUUUUGUAUAACAAUUUUCGGAAUAUAGAUGCUCAUGCUGCAAAUUGUUUUCAUAGAGAUUGUAUAGAAGCUUUUCUUAAGCCAUUGUAUUCAGCCAAAUUACUGACAUUUGUUGCAUAAGAAUGUAAGUUUAUUAUAGAUGAAAUAAUAACAGUUAAGAUAUUCAUGUA